ACUUUUCAUACACACACACACACUAUAAAUAACUUAAAAAUUUACCAUUUUUUUAACCCCUCCCCUCCCUCAUGUGAGAAACAACCCCCAGACUCUCUCCUCUCUUCCCACUUGAUUCUUUCUUUCUUCUUCCCGCAGCAGCUCAACCCAUACAACCCCAGAUUUGUUUCUUUAUUCUUCUCUUCAAAAUCAAUGGGUUUUGGUGGCUUUGUGAAUGAAAUGAUCAUUGAUACUACUGUGGACGAUUUUUGGGCUGAAAAUGGCGAAGAACCGGCGGCGGCUGAGAUUGAGGGUGAACUGGCGGCGGCGGCUGAAGUUGACGGAGAACCGGCGGCAGUGGCUGAACUUGACGGAGAACCGGCGAUUCCUGCCAUGGACGACGUCCCUAAGCUUGAUGGAGAAAUUCAACAAAAUAAGAGUGACGAUGGUUCAAUAAAAGCUCCAGAUGUUGGUAUGGAAUUUGAUAGCAAUGAAGCGGUGUAUAAUUUUUACAAGACAUAUGGGAAGCGUUUAGGAUUUUCCGUAAGAACUCGGAGCGCCACCAAACAUAAAAAUGGCAAUCUAACACAAAAACCACAAAAAAGGAUCAUUGGAGAAGGGGAAGUACCCCACAACCGACCUCUCAG